AUGCUGAGGAGCUGCGGCCACCUGACGAAGUGUCUCCACCUCCGGGUGAGCACCAGAGGCGCCCCCUGGGUUGUCGCGUCCAAAGGGGUCUCGCCGCUUUCCAGUAACGCAGUCAGGCCUCUUCCAGCAUCAGAGCUGAAGGAUUACGCCCUCCCCAACUCCAGCUGGAGCAGGGACAUGACGGGUCAGUUCAACAAGUUUGCUGCGAUGACUGAAGACGGGACGUGGCGGAGGAUUCCUUCGCACAGACGCGUGGAGGACAGCGCUCCAGAAUAUAUAAAACAAAAAUUGGAGGAGCAACAGAAGAAAAGAGACACUCGGUACUUCUGCAGAAGCAUCGACCAGGAAGGUCUCGGUUUUGAAUAUGUGAUGUUUUUCAACUCGUCGCAGAAAAGGAUGAUGGGCAUUUUCCAGCUGGGUCCCUACCUGGAAGGGCCUCCAGGGUUUGUGCAUGGCGGGUCGAUUGCCACCAUCCUCGAUGCCACCUUGUCGCUGUGCGCCCUCUUUGCUACCGGUGCCAUUCUGACGGCGAACCUCAGCAUAAACUAUAAGAGCCCCGUCCGACUGGGCUCCGUGGUCCUCGUGGACGGCAAAGUGGACAAGGUCGAAGGGAGGAAGGCAUUCCUCUCUGGCCCUGUGCAAAGUGCGGAUGGGCAGACCCUCCACGCGGAGGGCAGAGCUCUGAUAUUCCAGCUGGAUUCCCACAAGCCUCUCUAUGAACAGCAGCUUUCUUCUCAGAUGUGCUUCCGAGCCCACCGGACAAACCCCAGACCUUUGCUUAGUCUUGGUCAUCUUGAGCAAAGUCCGUCAGGUCGCACCGCUCACUUCCCCCAGUUCUGGGAUCAGCUACUUUACAAGUGA